UUGGGCGCGAGGCCCCGCCUCCCACCCCCUUUCCUCAGCCACAAAGUUUAUUUGCAACAAAAGGGAGCGCGGAGCGAGCAGCCAAGAGGGAGGGAGCGGGAGCCGGAGCGGGAGCGCGAGGGAAGGCGGGCAGGCCGGCUGGCGGGCACGGAGCCGAGGAACAGAGCCCUGGGAUCCUGCCCGGACCGGGCCGGGCCGCGAUGCUCCGAAUCGCCCCGGCCGAAGAGGGGGCCGGCCCCGGGGGUCGGCGCUGAGGCGGGAGGGACCGCGCUGGAUGGAGCCGAUGCCGCCCGCGGCCUCAGAAACUUGAGCCGCGGCAGAUAAAACCUCUGCUUGAGUCUCUGCGCCCUCUCCCCGCAAAUCCCCUCACACUGCUGCUGCAGAACCCAGGCCUUCGGACCCCGGCUGCUGCGCUCCUUCGGGGCGAGGGCGCAAGGGGGGGGUUGGCCGCGGCUCCCCGAGGCCAGCCCCCCCAGAGUGAGUGUUGCCACCAUGGCGGACGGGGCGCCCCGGUCCCCGCUCUAUCGCAGCGUCUCGUUCAAGCUGCUGGAACGCUGGAGCGGCGGGCCCGGGCCGAAGGAAGAGGCCACGGACACCCCCGGGUUGCGGCGCCGCGCCUCGUGCCGGCCUGCCGCGUCGGUCCCGGGCCAGCCCUCCCGGCGCGUGUCCAAACUGGCGUCGGGGCCUCCGGCCUCCCCCGCGCAGCCGCGCCCGCUCCGCAGCCUCUCGCCGUCGGUGCGCCAGCUCUCCCGGCGCUUCGACGCGCAGCGCCUGGACGACGACCACGCAGGGGCCCGAGACGGGGGCGUCUCCCCCGGGGCCGCGGAAGAAGCGGCGGAGGGCGCGGCGCGCGGCGCCUGGCCCAGCGUCACCGAGAUGCGCAAGCUCUUCGGUGGCCCUGGCUCCAGGCGGCCCAGUGCCGACUCUGAGGCCUCGGGGACGCCCAGCCCCGACGGUGCCGUGUGGGAGCCCCCGGCCCGCGAGCCCCGGCAACCGCCGACGCCACCUCCUCGGACGUGCUUCCCCCUGGCGGGCCUGCGUUCCGCGCGGCCGCUACCCGGCCCAGGGACCGAGGGGAGGAGGCGGCGGCAGCAGCAGCAGCAACAGGAGCGGGCGCAGCGUCCGGCGGAUGGUUUACAUUCUUGGCAUAGCUUCUCCCAACCGCAGGCCGGGGCCCGGGCCUCCUGCUCCUGCUCCUCCUCCAUCGCCUCCUCCUAUCCUGUCAGCCGCGGCCCGGCUGCCAGCUCCAGCGAGGAGGAAGAGGAGGUCCCGCCGCCGCCGCCGCCCGGGGCGCAGAGUCCGGCCUACCACGGAGGCCACUCCUCGGGCAGUGACGAGGACCAGGACGGUGAGGGCGGCCACCGCUGGGGAGGGAGGCCGGGACCCAGGCCUGGAAGCUCCCUCUUGGAUAAGGACUGUAGGCCAGACAGUUAUGGGUUAAAUCUGGGCAGCAUGGAUUCAGCUGAAGGAGCCAGGAGUCCUGAGCCCCCCAAAUCUCCAAGAGCCUCUAGUGAGGAAGGACCCCGGGAGUGGGGUACUGGCUCGCCUCACUGUGGACCAGGUCCUCAGGAGGGACUCCGGCCCAUGUCUGACACUGUGGGGGGAGCUUUCCGCGUGGCCAAGGUGAGCUUUCCUGCAUACCUAGCCAGCCCAGCAGGCUCCCGCGGUAGCAGCCGCUAUUCCAGCACGGAGACCCUCAAGGAUGAGGACCCAUGGGCUAGUCGGGGUUCUGGGGGCUGGGGCAUGUACCGCUCCCCUAGCUUUGGAGCUGGAGAGGGGCUCCUCGUAAGGCCCCAGCCUCGAACCCGCACCAAGGGACCUGUGGGCACCACGAGGGCAUUGAGAGAUGGAGGACUGGAGUUGGACAAAAGCCGGCAGCGGAAGUCCUUGUCGAAUCCAGAUAUUGCCUCAGAGACCCUGACGCUGCUCAGUUUCCUUCGCUCAGACCUUUCAGAGCUCAGGGUCCGAAAGCCCGGUGGGCGCCCCAGUGACCUCGGGAGCGGCCCCAACUUAGAUGGCAGAGACUCACCAGCAGCAGGUGGCCCCAGGGCACAACUUGGACCCACGCCUGCCCCAGCCCCAGCGUCACCUGGCACCCGCCCCACACUCAAAGACUUGACGGCCACCCUUCGGAGGGCAAAGUCUUUUACCUGCUCUGAGAAGCCCGUGGCCCGCCGCCUAUCCCGCACCAGCGCCCUGAAGCCCAGCUCCUCUGAGCUCCUGCUGGCAGGCCCAAGUGCCGAGGAGGACCCACUGCCCCUGGUUGUCCAGGAUCAGUAUGUACAAGAGGCCCGUCAGGUUUUUGAGAAGAUCCAGCGAAUGGGUGCCCAACAGGAUGACGGAAGUGAUGUCCCCCCUGGAAGCCCUGUCUGGGCAGGAGACAUGACCCAAGGGCAGCGGUCCCAGGAGGAGCUCUCUGGCCCCGAGUCUAGCCUGACAGAUGAGGGCAUUGGGGCAGACCCUGAGCCUCUUGUUUCAGCCUUUUGCAGCCUGGGUACCACGGGGGUGUGGCGACCCCUUUCCUCAUCCUCAGCCCAGACCAACCACCACCAUGGCCCUGGGGCUGAAGAUAGUCUGGGAGGGUGGGCCCUGGUGUCCCCUGAUACCCCUCCCACACCAGGUGCCCUCCGACGGAGACGCAAAGUCCCUCCUUCAGGCCCUGGUGGGACUGAACUGAGCAAUGGAGAGGCAGGUGAGGCCUACCGGUCUCUGAGUGACCCAAUUCCACAGCGCCACCGGGCUGCCACCUCCGAGGAGCCCUCUGGGUUCUCCGUGGAUAGCAACCUUUUGGGCUCGCUGAGCCCCAAGACAGGGCUUCCAGCAGCCCCAGCUGUGGACGAGGGCUUGACCAGUGGCCACAGUGACUGGUCUGUGGGCAGUGAAGAGAGCAAGGGUUACCAGGAGGUUAUUCAGAGUAUUGUUCAGGGGCCUGGUGCUUCGGGGUGUGCGGUGGACGACAGGGUUGCUGGCAAAGCCCCGAAGAAGAAAUCUCUGAGUGACCCCAGCCGCCGUGGGGAGCUGGCUGGGCCUGGAUUUGAGGGCCCGGGAGGGGAGCCCAUCCGAGAAGUCGAGCCCAUGCUGCCUCCAUCUAGCAGUGAGCCCGUUCUUGCAGAGCGGCGGGCAGAACCAGAAGAACCCAGUCCUGCCAGGGGCCGGGCACAGUCUGAGAGGGCCCUACCCAAGACCCCACCUGCCUCCUCCACUGGCCGCCGCGACUUCCACCUUGACCCUAAACUGGCUGAUGUUCUGUCCCCACGGCUCAUCCGACGGGGUUCCAAGAAGCGCCCAGCCCGGAGCAGUCACCAGGAACUACAGAGAGAGGAAGGCAGUGAGGACCAGACCAGCAACCUGUCGCGGGCCCGACCAUCCUCCAAACACGUUCGCCAUGCGAGUGUGCCCGCCACCUUCACACCUAUCGUGGUGCCUGAGCCACCGACUACUGUUGGCCCCCCUGUGGCUGUGCCUGAGCCCGUGGGCUUCCCGGCCAGGGCCCACUCCACGCUGCAGGCACCGUCACUCGAGGAUGUCACCAAGCAGUAUAUGCUGACCCUCCGCGCUGGCGAGGUUCCUGCCCCGGCACCAGUGGAUAUGCCCUGCUUGACUCCUGUUGCACCGCCUUCGGCUGAGGCCAAGCCCCCUGAGGCAGCCCGGGCUCCAGAUGAGCCUGCCCCAGCCGGCAAGUGCUGCAGCAAGCCACAGGUGUGAACAUCACACUGAACAUUUCUCCAUGGCGCUUUAAAGAGCUCCCUAAGUGCAUGAUUCCCGCAGCUUCGUGGUCAGUUCCCUCUGUUGUGAAGAAGGCAGUGUGAGUGUCCUCGUCCUCCUGUGCUGCUGCUUUCCCCUGGACUGGAAGGCACCCCCUCUCCUGCACAGUGGAAUAGAUGUGGAUAGAGAAAUCCUGACCCCGGGGUACCCUGUGGGCACAGAUCCUGUCACCAUGAGACCUUGAGCCCAGUCCUUCACUUCUGUGCGCCCAUCUCCUCUUGUGUAAAACAGGGUAAUAAUAGGGCCCACCCAGGAGGCCUGUCUCCAGGUUAAAAUAAACACCUGUAAGCAGCACUUAGGAACCCCUUGAGAGAGAUUAAUUC